UUCUUUAUCGUGUUGUUUACCCUCUCCUCCCCCUCUCACCCAAACUACUGCAAUAUCUCGAAAUUCAUCGUUUUCUUCGCGCAAAAUCGGAGAGGAAAAAAUCGACAACUGCAAAAUCGAAUUGGCCAUUUGCUUGCCCAUGAUUUUCCGAUCUUGAAGACCCACCCAUUCUCCAGUUGCAGAUCUCCCUCUUUCCUUCAAAAUUGAUGUUGCCAUCCAGUCGGUUGCGCUAUGUAUCCGACAAGAAUCGACACACCUUAGAGUUUUCUAAGGUUAGUGAUAUAUUUGGAAUGUGUUGUGCUGACGCAGAUAUCUCAGUCCUAUUGUUAACAGAGAAGCACGCUCAAAUCUUGAAGAAGAAGGAAAUCGGUGGAAAAGAUUGCUCGCAGAUAAAAGAUCUUACUAGCUUGAGUUAUUGGCUGAAUUGGAGAGUGUUGUCCUGUGUAGUAUGGGUCCUCACGCCUAUGAUUAUAGUAGUACUGCUUAUUUGGAAAUAUGAACAUUCAGAAGAUGUACUAGGUAUUAUCUGUGUAGUAGCAUAUAUCCUUGAGUGUGGUCGAUUUCAGUCAACCCCCUGAUGGAGAAGACAAUUACCAGAUCAGUGAUUUUCUCUAUUAACCCCGCUGGAAAUUGGUUAAAGCUAGAUACGAUUGUUGUAGAGGUGUAAUUUUAUAUUUUUAUAGGAUGGUCGUCAAUCCUUUCAUUAUAAUUAUUUUUGAUGUGCUAGACAUAAUGUAAUAUUGUAUAUAAAUAUACAACAAUAAGAGUAUUGCAUUGAUGCUAUUUUUAAAAUUUGAUGUAAUGUGGUAGAUGAAUGAGAAUUACGGGUAUGUGAUGAUGAUCUUUUAUAUAUGACUCGUUGACGAUAGAUGUUUCUUAAAAUGUAACGCAGGUGCACAAAUUGUGGGGGUCAGUAUUUUGUUUAUUUUGAAGAAUAUAUAGUUGGUGUCACGAAACACAUGGGUUUGUAGCGUAUUAUCCAUUUAAAAAUUAUAGUAAAUUGAUGUUAAUUAAUUUUCUAAAUGGCAAAAAGUAAGUAGUAUAUUGUGUUGCAAUCGUUAGACCCAUACUAAAAGGGUAUCGAGCUCACUUUAUGUCAUUGAGUACACUGAAACGAGCAUUCAUUUAAAGUAUGCAGGUACACAAUUAUCCACCUAUGUCAUAAUGUUAUAUUUUUUAUUUACAUGAAAGCAGU